AUGAGUGGAGGUGGCAACCUGCUGCGGAGAUCCUUCGUCCCUGUCCUGGUGUUCGUCGGCAUCGUCGUCGCUGCCCUCUACAUCCAAAGGAACAGCACGUUUCAUAGCGGGUUCGCGACGUAUAUGGUCCGGACGUCCAACUCAGGAGAGGGCACGGAGGACGCAGAGGAUGUGCGGGCUGCCGCGACGUCGUCAAGCCCGCAACUCCCACCCAGUGUCCCGCUGUCAGCAGUCAUACACACAGUGUACGAUGAGGUUACUGCCGGCUGCGUAGACGUUGCCUUGGAGUCCAUCGCACGCGCUUCUGUCUUUCCUGCCGAAACCAUCCUGCUGGUGGACGGGAUCGACCUGGAAGAUCCGGAGCACGUGAAGGUUGCUCGCACCUAUAUGACUGAGCACAACUGGGAGGAGCGUAUUCCGGGCAUCCACGCAAUUUUCCGCCCAGGAACCCACUCGAGGCAUGACAACAUGAAUUACGGAUCUGCGGUAGCGUCGCAGCCGUACGUCACCCUGCUCCACGGGGACGACGUCGCCCAUCCAGACCGGUGGCGGCUGCUUUACGAAGCCUUCCAGGAGCGGCCCCAUGUCGGCUUGCUGCUGGCCCGACACACCGUCGCAUAUGGCCUCGAGGCCAACACCUUCCAGGAGCCCUUUCCGAGCGACCACGGGCCGACGUUCGUCUACGACGGCGAGUGGAUCUCCGACCACUACGCGAAGUUCUUCGCCGGCGGCGGCGACUUCAUGCCGUGCUGCUGGGACUUUGAAGCACCGGAGACUUUUAGUCGCGGCGAGGCGCAGAACGGUUGGAUGGCGUUCAGGCAGGACGUGCGGGAUGCGGUGGUAUUUCGGGACACAAACGGCCCCGCAGAAGAUGCGGCGUUCGUGUCGGACACCGUGCGGCAUGGAUUCGUAGCCAACGUGCUGGACGAGAGCUUGGGGUUGUACCGCGUGCGGGACAACGGCCAGAAAAUCUGUCGGUGA